UGUGUCACAAGAUCGCCGAAAAGAAAGAUAGAAUUUCAAGAGCUUUUACUUUGCCUCGCUUGUGGAGAUGGUUUCCUGAGUUUUCCUCGGGUUUGUGAAGGUUGGAAGUGUUGUACUGCGCUUUGGGAAAGGUUGAAGGGAAAAUUAACACUGGACAUAGUCUGUAGGUUGAUACAUCGCUCCCUGAGUGGUCGUCUUCGAUACAUAAGUUAGGUGAAGGAUGCAUCUAUCAUCUGUUUAGUGUUAACAAAGAGAAUUAUUUUAUCAGCAAUUUGGAAGAUGAUGUUUCAGCAAACACCACUCUCUUCCAUUGUCGUAUUCACAUUGUGCUGUACAUGGAUCAAGUAUGCAACUGGUCAAGGAAGACCACCUGUCAUCACAGAACAUCCCUCUGAUGCUGUUGUUGAAAAAAAUUCACCUGCUGAACUCACAUGCAAGGCAUCAGGAUUUCCAGAGCCUAAAAUCUCUUGGUAUCGGAAUGGAGUUGAAAUACCAUCAGAAAGGCGCAGGUCGAUUUUACCAAAUGGUAACCUCUACUUUAUACGGACUGUGUCCAGCAAGCGCAAGACAGACAAUGGAAUUUAUAGCUGCGAGGCCAAAAAUCGCUUUGGCACUGUAUACAGCAAAAGUGCAUCACUCUUCAUUGGAACAUUAAAGCUGACAUUCCGAUCAGAACCUGAAAACCAAACUGUGUAUGUUGGCAAGUCUGUGGUGUUUAAAUGUUCACCACCCCGUGGUAACCCUGCACCCACCAUCACUUGGUUACAAGAUGGAAGCUUGGUGUCUAAUACUAGCAGGACAUUCAUUUCAGCUAAAGGAAACUUGACAAUUUCACUAGUUACAAAGGCAGAUCAGGGAUUGUAUAUUUGUAGAGCAAACAGUCCUCUUGGAACUCGAAACAGCCAGGAAGCAUUGCUUACUGUUAAAGAUAAACCAGGCUCUCCACUUACUGUUGUGCCAUCUACAAAAAAAGUCUUGGUUGGAAAUAAUGUAACCUUUGAAUGUCAGUACAGAGAUGGGUCUCAAGAUGAGGUGACAUGGGAGAAAAAGGAUGGAGCUCUACCUAAUGGUCGAUACUUUGUGGACGAAGGUGUAUUGACUAUUACAGACGCAGAAAAGUCAGAUGCAGGAAUGUAUGUUUGUAGGGUUAACACAGGAAUAAAGGACCUCACCGUGGAAGUAAAGCUUGAAGUGCAAUCCAAACCAAGAAUCAUUCAACACCCGGCAGAUGUGAUUGCUAAUGAAGGAAGCUCUGCUUCUUUCACAUGCAUUGCUGAUGGCGAGCCUCAACCAACUGUAUUUUGGGAAAGAGAAGGAAAAGCGUCAUCCACCAUGUUACCAAAUAUGUAUUAUUAUGGAGGACGAUUCUUUGUGGCAAGAUUGGGUAAAUCCUUGCAAAUUGCUAAAGUAGAAAAGGAGGAUGAAGGAGUGUACACUUGCUCGGCAUUAAGUAACAUUGGCAACAGUCACGCCAAGGCAAAGCUCAUUGUCAUUGGACCAACAGAUGUUCUGCCCUCAAUCAUUUCUGGUCCAUCUAAUCAAUCCGUUGAUGAGCGAACAAAGGUAGUUUUUUCCUGUGAAGUAGAUGGUAGCCCAGAGCCAUCUAUUAACUGGUUUCAGAAUGAUGACAACCUUCCACUGCAGAAUACAUCAUCUGUCUCAAUAACGCAGUCAGGGUUGAUUUCCCAAUUGAGCAUCACUAAUGUGAAUAUCAGUGCCAAAGGAGUGUACAGAUGUGUUGCUACUAGUAAUAUUGGAACAGCCUCGCAGGAAGCACAGCUUGAAGUGAAAAAGGUGAUAACUACAACAACUCCACCUCCAACUACAACACCAACACCAAAGCCUACACUGCCUCCUUUGGAUCUGAUGAUAACUACUGUCACGCACGACUCCGUGUUGUUACUGUGGAGCUCCUUAAAACUGCCAGACUCCUCUGAUGUCAUGUAUGUUGUGGAGUACCACAAACGUGGCAGCAAUGAGCAGUGGGAAACUGCUGUUAGCUCGCUGAAGCAAAACAAGUUCACUGUACCUAACCUGGAUCCUGAUACUAUGUAUGUGUUUAACGUACGAGCUGUGAGUCAAGAUGGAACUACACUUACGCAAGGGUUGAAACAAGUGUCCAAGAGGACAAAGAAAAAGCCUACUGUGGUUGCCGUUAAACCCACUGCUCCUGUGAAUCCAAUGGAAAAUGUGAAGAUUGACGUUAACUUAACACCCACUGGAUCUGACAAGAUAAAUAUCUCAUGGAGCCUCUCAGAACCAGUAGAUGUAACAAGUGUGCUUAUUUUAUGGCGAAAGAAAGACACUGAUGUGGAUUUUUACACUAAGCCUGAUAGUGCUCAUGGAUCUUUUUAUUCACUCAAUGGACUUGAGGCAAACACAACUUAUGAAAUACAGGUACAGAUCAUGAGUGGAAGCCAUUCAGGACCAAAGAGUACCUCAGCGUUUGCUACAACACAAGAGGAGCAAGACGCAGCUGGUAUUCUGUUAGGAGGAGUAAGUCCCUCACCAGGCGGUGGCAGCUCGAAUGGAGAAGUCAGUAUAGUGGAAGCACGUGGAGGCUCAGGAGACACUUGGCACAAGAUGAAGCUGUUCAUACGCCAGCCAUGGUUCAUUGGCACCAUGGGUGCUGUGGCCUGGAUCAUACUCUUGAUAGUGGUGUUGCUGCUUUACAGGCAAAGACGGAAUAAAAAGAAGUCACAGAAGGCCUUGACGACAAGAGUGAAUAUUCCAGGUGACAACGCGCCUCGGAGUUCAGGUACACGUGCUUCAAAGUUCUUGUGGAUGGAGGAGAGGAAUUCAGAGCCAACACAGCAACUGACCAAUAACAGAUCGAGUGACAGCUCGGCCUCUGAUUGCGCAAAACAGAUGGCAAACUGCUGUCGAGUGAGAGGAGGCUCUUCCAAUGGCAGCAUUGACUUUCCUAAUAAGAUCACUUUGAACCAUUUAUCGGGAAGUGGUAAUCAGCUGGAUGGCCACUACAGCUCGAUGAACGGUCAACCGGCGAAGACAAAUAACUUACCACACUCCAACAGUCGUUACCAGGAACACGUUAAUAAAAGCAACAAGUUCUUGGAUUCACCAACAAACCAGUUUGGUACACCCAGUGGAUCCAGAAGUCCUUCUGAAAGUACUCUUCCAAAGAACGGACCCAAAGAACGAAUCCGUUACUAUGACUACACUGAGAAUGGCACCAAUAGGAGCAAAAAUAAUCCGGGGUCCCGGAGAAGGGAUCCUAACCAAACACCUAGCGACUCCAGCGACACGGAAAAGACCAAACCCAAGCUCAAGAUCCAGUCUUUUGAGAUGGCUGGAAAUAUGCACACCACUAGCACCUUCCACUCGGAGCCACCCCCCACUUACGAAGCUGUUCUGAAAGAAACUGAGAUGGAGAUGCAGAAGUUCCCGCUGGGCAGUGCUGACAAGGCGAAGGACGAACCCGAUAGGAAAUUAGGGGAGGACAAAGAUGAGUCUUCCAAACAAGAUGCUUCCGAGGCGCGCAAAUCGCCUGAUUUGGAAAGACCGUCCAGCCCAGCGAGUGAACGGAGCUGUAAGACCUCCACAAGUUGUGGUUCACUUCAGAGGAAGAGAAAGGCUCUUAAACCUCCACCGCGUUUAGCCAUUUUCAACUGGGCGGAUAUGCUUCCCCCACCCCCCUCGGAGCCACCACCGAGCAGCCAGGGGUCCCCACCCCCCUCUCCACCGUUUAGCGAACGAAGCGCCAUGACAGGGAUGACCGGACGGACCGGAAUGAGCGGCAUGAGUGGUAUGAGUGGAAUGACAGGAAUGAGUGGUAUGACAGGUAUGAGUGGAAUGACUGGUAUGACCGGUAGAACGGGAAUGAGCGAGGCCAGUGGCGUGACUGGAAUGAGCGGGAUUACUGGAAAGAGCGGACUGACAGAGCCACACGGCACCAGUUCACCACGGCGGGCACACAGAAAGGGAGCUCACUCGUUAAACGAUGGAGAGCACGAGCAGGGAUCGGUUGCAGGCAAGUCGGAAAAAUCUAAGAAGUCCCGAUCCAAGCCGAAGCCUAUCCCUAUCGACCUCGAAGGCAUCACGAGCGACAUAAUCAUGCAAUGGGCCGAGUCUGUAACGAACACGAGCGGCUCCGAAGAUGACUCGUCGUGCUCGAGCCCGAGCCGAAUAAGCGGUAUUAGCAGCGAUGGAUCGUUCUUCACGGAUGCGGACUUUGCUAACGCUGUACGUGUAGCAGCAGAAUGCGGCGGAUUUAACACCGACGCUUAUGGGCUCAUGGAUUCGCUUGGUAUACCUCCUCCCUACGCCGCCAACUGGAAACGCAGCAAUUCAUUCUCCAACGAUAACGAGGCUAGCUUAGGAACCGCCGCUGCGUACGGUCCGUGCCCCCUUAGAAAACGAUGGGAGACUGGAAGUGAGGGUGACCUUGAGUACACGCCACCCGCUCGAGUACGUCCUAGGCUAAGACGCGAUAACGAAAAAGGUCCCAACGACCAGGGUCCCCCGCGUGUUCACAAAGGGGCCCCUGGAGAGCUUAUAAGACAGAUACCCGGUAUGCGAGCCCCUGUACCUAUAGUCCCUUCACAGCCGAGGAGACCCCUUCAUAGAGUCGCUCGGCCAGGUGGACCACCUUUGCAAGCUAACCCAGCCAUGCUUGUACAGCCUUUGAAGAAGACGACGACACUGGGUGUAGUGGAUCCACGCGAACCGCUGAAGAAGAAAUACGCCAUCGUGAAGAAAAUACCACAAAGUCAGGAUAACGAGAGAGCAGGUGGAUAUCAAAGUUGUAGCAUGAGCUCCAGCAAAUCAAGCACCAGUACAGCAAGCACUGUUAAGAGCAGUUCAUGUGCUCCUACUGUGAAUGAUGACUCUGAUAUGGAAGGGUCUGUGGCUUAGGUACACAGUGAACCCAAACUCCACAUAAAGUAGCAGGAAUGCAGGAGUAAACAAGCAUACAUGCCGCACUGAUGUUGUGUUACGAACUCUCGUCGCGUUAUUACUCAUUCCAAAUACGUAAAGCUGUUUAAAGAAGCUUUACUUCAAAGCUUUAAUGCAAAACGUUUAUAAAUAAUACGUAAUAAUAAAUAGGUAGGGCUGUUUCUACUCGCCUUGUUAAAAGCAGGAAGCUUCUGCUGUUGCAAAUAUCUAUAGAGGGGUUACAAGGGAAGGCGUUAUACAGCAUGCGUUUACCCCAGUUGACUAAAGGCAAAUUAUUGAUGAUAUCAGGAAAAUCGUUGUACAGUUUCAUGUUUAACUUUGUGUUUGUGGAAACAGUUCGUAUCGAUAAGAUCACUAAACUGUCGGGCGUUCUUGUUUCAUUUCGUUACAUUUGUCAAGUUGUUAGUUAUGUUGCAAGAGUUUUUCGUUUGAGACAUAAACUAGGAAAUGGAACUAAGGAAUUUUGUGAUCGCCAUAAUUCACGCAUUUCGUGAAAUAUUUUUUAAAUAAUAUCUUUAAGUGAAUAUUUAACCCGAUGUGCGGCAAAAAUGAAAUAAUUCACUAAUUUGAUGUAAAAAAGAAUAUAUAGGUAGAGUUAUAAAGGAAUAUUUUCGUUGUUUUUACUAUGUUACUGGGACCAGCGCAAUCUGGAUUGACGAGAAAAUUUUCUUUUUAAUCUCAUUUUGUGCCAAAUUUUACUCAAGUUUAUUUGAAAUUUCUGUACAAGAGAAAUAAAUGUUUUUACGUUUAUACUAGAUACCAGAUUUACUUUCUUCAAAGAAUGUACUUAUAUUCAAAAGCUGCAAAAGAAAAUAUAACGUUAUUUUAUUUAAAGAACAUUGAAUACUUUGUUUUCCUAUGGUUGGUAAACAAGUCUGUACCAAGCAGUGUUUUAUAUCGAGCAUUUGGCUGUCAGCAAUAGCUACCUUGUACAAAUAACAGAAUGCAAUAAAGACAAUAAAGACAAUAAAUGAAUAGAAGUAA